UUUCGACGUCCGACGUUUACACCAGUUUGAGUCGAUACCAACAUGGCAGGUCAUCAGAAAGAGAUAGAGGAAUUCGGAAACAACGACGACUUUUGGCUGUUUGGGUACGGAAGUCUGAUAUGGAAGCCACCGCCACACUUCGAUCAGCGAGUACCUGGCUACAUCGAAGGUUACGUUCGACGCUUUUGGCAGGUAAGUGAGGACCACAGAGGCACACCCGAAGCACCCGGGCGUGUAGCAACGCUCAUUGACCGCGCGCACUGGGACACGCUGUCUGACCAUCAUGAGCCCACCGAGCGCGUGUGGGGCGCCGCAUACCACAUCCCCGCAGCCAAAGUCGCGGAGGUCAGGGAGUAUCUCGAUAUCCGCGAAAUCAACGGAUAUAGCAUACAGUUCACGCCGUUCCACCCUGCUUUGGACUCGAAGCCUAUCAAAUGCUUGGUAUAUAUUGGCCUACCCGAGAAUCCGCAGUUCCUUGGCCCACAGGAUCCGGAAGCAUUGGCCAAGCACAUACUCAAAAGCAAGGGACCCAGUGGAGAGAACAGAGAGUACCUAUUCAACCUGGAAGAAGCGCUACUAGGCUUGAGUGAGGAGAGCAGGGAUAAGCACAUCAGCGACCUUGUUGCGAGAUGCAAAAAGAUAGAUAGCGAGGGUGCUGGCACAUGCGAAAGCAGGUAGUGGGUCGCUGAAAUGGGCAAAGUGACAGAGAAGCAAAACUAAAACCCUCCCAGUCAGGCUCGAACUGACAGCCUUCCGGUGGCGAGACCGUUACAGACACUCAAGUCCUAUGGACCUUAGAUGACUGCGACGGGUUAACAGCCGAACGCGCUACCAAUUGCGCCAGGGAUGAUGUGAGACUCAUUAGUCGAGUUGUUGAUAGAGAUUCUGCAACAUAGUUUCUUUACAGAACAAAUGAAUAUAAGUACUCUGC